AUGCCCUCGAACAACGCCUCCGCCACAUCCCACAUUCGGCCGGUCACAAUGCUCGCAACCGAGAUUUUCAACGACCUGGAUGACUCAGUCGAGGAGGUGAACUCCUGGCUCGCAAUAUAUCGUCGCCUCGUACGUACAGCGCCUCCGUCGCUGCUCGAGAUCGCACAGACGACGCUCGAUGCUAUGCACGAUGUCUACACCAAGCGCGUGAAGGAGCAAGAUCAGGUGGGUGCAGAGCUGGUAGGCGCCGAGCGCGGCCGCGCGAUGGCUCGUGUUGAUUUCGUCGCCAAGGAACACGGCCUCUACGGUAUUCCAUGGCGGUGA